AUGUUUGGAGUCCUCCGGUCGGGUAGUCUUUUGUCUUCCUUACGCAUGAAACGGUUGAGCAUCUCUUCACUCGAGCCAAAUUAUCGGGUGCCAAGAGUCGGACCCGAUGCCAUCUCUAAGCAGCCUAGCAUGGCGCCUCUCACCGCCGUCACCAUGUGGGAUCCCACGUGCAAACUAGUCUUUAGAAGUUACCGACGCCUUCUGAGGACCUCUCAACGUGUGUUUGAUAAGGACUUCCAAGCCCUGCAGGCUGCUAGGGAAGAGAUCAGGAAAGGGUUCAAGGACAAGAAGCACAUCAAUGACACUGAAACCAUCACCCAGUUGAUCAAGUAUGCUGAUGAGGUUGAGGAAGUUCUCAGGACAUCUGUGAUUCAAGGUCAGAGGAUGGAUGAAGAUAAAUAUCGUCUAAUGGUGAGGGAAGAUGUGCAGAAGUUUGACAACAUACCCUAUAGAGAUUCAUGAUCUAGAUGAUGAGAGUAUGACUGAUGUAUAAUAUGUUUUGGAGUGAGUAAAGUACACAUA